CUAGCCCCCCGGUAACAUGCAGUUGGUCCCUUGAUCUCGGUUCAAUUGUUCGCUGGAAAGGUGAAGGUGGCCUUUCGAUUAAUACACGUAUCUCAAGUUUGCAUCUAUCACGCCGAACCGGAUAUUCCAAUGCGGCGUCUACGGUGAUUUUAUAUAUUUUUCUCUAUUGGUUCUGGUUAUUUGCCUUGCCAUUGACCUUUCCUACAACCUUAGGUACCCAGGUGCUAAAAUAGUCCAAUUCGGGUCAAGGUUUUGUUCACGUCGCGCAGAAACUCGAGUUGAUUUGACCUGCGCAGCGUAUCCGACAUGCCUCCGAAAUCGAGAUUCACAAGGCUAGAUGCCUUCACUAAGACCGUCGAAGAUGCGCGCAUACGAACUACCUCCGGCGGGAUCGUUACCAUCGUAUCCCUCAUCAUCGUUCUCUACCUUGCCUGGGGGGAAUGGUCAGAUUACAAGAGGAUCGUUAUCCACCCCGAACUUAUCGUCGACAAAGGCAGAGGAGAGCGAAUGGAAAUUCAUAUGAACAUCACUUUCCCUAGACUGCCUUGCGAGCUCUUAACCCUCGACGUGAUGGACGUUUCCGGCGAGCAACAGCAUGGCGUGUUGCAUGGUGUGAAGAAAGUCAGGCUGCAGCCCAUUUCGCAAGGAGGAGGUGUUAUUGAUGUUACUGCUCUAUCUCUCCAUGGUAAGGAAGAGACCGCCCAGCACCUGGACCCCAACUACUGCGGCCCCUGCUAUGGUGCCCCCGCCCCAGCUAACGCCGCGAAACCUGGUUGCUGCAAUACCUGUGACGAGGUUCGGGAUGCAUAUCAGCAGGCGUCCUGGGCUUUUGGUAGAGGCGAAGGUGUUGAGCAAUGCCUGCGGGAACACUAUGCCGAGAAGCUAGAUGAGCAAAGACACGAAGGGUGCCGGAUUGAGGGAGCAAUUCGCGUCAACAAGGUUAUUGGUAACUUUCACUUUGCGCCGGGCCGAAGUUUCAGCAGCGGUAACAUGCACGUCCACGAUCUGAAGAACUACUGGGAUAGCCCGGUCCGCCACUCAUUUGAGCACGAGAUUCACCAGCUUCGCUUUGGACCUCAGCUCCCUGAAGAUAUCACCCGGAAGCAUGCCAAAAAUAGCCCCUGGACUAACCACCACAUCAACCCUCUUGACCAAGUCAAGCAGACCACCGAUGACCCUGCCUUCAACUUCAUGUACUUUAUCAAGGUUGUCCCCACUGCGUAUCUACCGCUUAGCUGGUCAACGACAAACGGACACAACAAACAACUUGACGACGAGAUCUGGUUGGGAGGCCUAGGUCACGCGACCGAUGGCAGCAUGGAGACUCACCAGUACUCAGUUACGAGUCACAAGCGAAGUUUGGCUGGCGGCGAUGACGCAGCUGAGGGUCACCAAGAACGCAUGCACGCGAGAGGUGGUAUUCCAGGUGUAUUCUUUUCCUACGACAUUUCUCCAAUGAAAGUUAUCAACCGUGAGGAACGCGCGAAAACUUUCACCGGCUUUCUAACCGGCCUAUGUGCUGUGAUUGGCGGUACAUUGACAGUAGCCGCGGCUGUGGACAGGGCUGUAUUCGAAGGUGCGACGAGGCUGAAGAAGCUUCAAUCGAAAAAUCUUUAGAGAGAAGAAUACCAUUUGGUACAAUUUCAAGUGUAACUUACAAGCAUUGUUAUGAUAGGUUCUUUGCUGGAUUCAGUAACGCAUAGGAAAAUGGAGUUGCCGGUUAGAUUUUAGAAAUAGUCUUUUUCCUCGUUGAGAUGCUCAAAGUGUUGUGUUUCACCAGUAGUUGUUAUUUUAAUUCUCUACGUACCUUAAGAUAGGUAUAUUGUGUUGUAUCCGCAUGUGUCUAUUUAAUCUUUUCUUUAGGUAGUUUAUUAUUCGCCGAAUUUCUUCACCCCUUGACGUCAAUCUCCCGAAAGAAUUAGUUGAACCAGGUACCAGGUAUAUUAUGUAAUUGUUCCUGAUUUCAUUUCGACCCUGAUAGGAAUGUUCAUAGUUGGAAAGUAGGUAUAGGUGCAUUUAAUCCGUACCUCACCGGCCUGGUAGAGGUAUAUCGAGUUGAGCUCCGACGAUUGGCCAAGCGGUCAAGAUCACUACUCCUGGGAUUCCUGGGAUUCGCUAACCCUGUUUGGAGAAUAUAACCACAUCAUUUUACUGCCAGUGGCUUUCUAGAUCCACAAGGAAUAGUCUAGGCAAUGGCGUCAGGGGGGCGACCAACUUAAGAUCCGUUUUUCCACUCUUUGAAUGCUGAGACUUGGAUUCGUAUGCUGUUU